AUGGCUGUGGCUUUGGAAGCAGAUUUGGUGCACAUGCACAAGUUCCUGUUGAACCAGAAGGAAAUGAUGAGUGAAAAGGUCUUCAGUGACUUGAUGGCAGCCCAAGUCAAAGUCUUCACCAGCAGGCUGGAGGCAGCCAAAUUGACCGCUGGAGAGGGCGCCAACCUGUCAUCCGUGUUGAUGAACGGGCCAUGGACACAUGCCCAGAAGGGAGAGCUGGGGCAAGCGCUGGCCAAGGGGUUGGCAGGCGACCUGCCAACAAAGGGUGGAAGAAGGCCAUCCCAGCAAAUGACAAGCUUUCCAUGCUACUUGACAGACUCGGACCUUGAGCACCUGCAGAGUGACACUCACAGUUUGGUGAAGGUCGAGAAGUUGGUUCAGCGGUGCGUCUCUUUGUCGCUCCACUUGCCUUCCACGAGCGCGGUGAAGCACAUCGUUUCCACUGCAGACAAACAUGACAUUUUGAAGGCUUUCACAACAAAGCUCAGGGCUACGAUCAAGCAUAUGCCGAAAUCUUCCACCCACUUGGAGAGCUACCCGGCAAAGCCAGAAAACUUACCGCAAGAACUCUACAAUGCAGCCUACUCCGAUGAGAAGCCUUCAGAGAAAGGGGUCACAAUGAUGGGGGUCCAGGCUCAUGUGGUACCAUACCGUGACACGCACAGCAUGGUACGUUCGGCGAAACCCAGUGGCAGCUCAGCCAUGAGUAGCGAGUCAUUUUGCAUGCAGAUCAUGCAUGCGGUCUCCAAGAUGAUGCAGGGCCAAGGCGGAUGUCAAGAUGGUCUCCCAGGGUUGGAAGUGUUUGCAUCGAAACGGAAGAACAAGGCUUUAGCCAAUGCUCCAUCAGCAACUGGUGAGUCAGCCGGAUCGAAGCCGGCGCUGGAAGAUAGGAAAGCCGAAGAACACAAGAAGCCUCAGGAAGAGCAACCUGCCGAAGAACAGGAGCAGAAAGGACUGUUUGAUUUGAAGUUGCCAGAGGGGAAGCAGCCUGCUGAUCCAAAGGAUCAACUGGACGCCAUGGUUGGCACCUUCAACGCAAGGAGUAAAGCCAGGAAAAUUGAAAGGGAAGAGGAGAAGGACACCAGGCAAACCUUUUUUUGGCGCGGUGGCAAGGUUCAUCGAUCAGAUCGAGCGAGCUGCUGGAGGGUCUUCCUUUGCGCGGGAGACCGCAAUGACAAGAAGGUCGCCUUUAAGGGAGACUGUCAGGCAGCCUUUGUGAGGGCUUUGCGGAUGAUUGAAGAGGGCCAAUAG